ACAGCGCAGAGAAUGUGUUAGGCUUGUUUGGGAUGCGUGGCAGUGUUUACUGGUGACAGAAUAUGAAUUGAAAUCCAAGGCAACCAUGAAGGAAUUGAACGCAUUCUCAGGGAUUCUUAUCUUAACACUUCAGUUUUUGACAGUUUCUGGUUUAGAGUGCAUCACAUGUGACUGGAAUGCUGGACAGACUAAUGGGACGGAUGAUUGCGUUUCACGUCCGUAUGGGUUGGACAAACAGGAGUGCGAGGAGACAGGAAAUUACAAUGUCUAUAACUGUGAGACAAAACUUAAAUUCAAGAUGGUCAAGACACGGUCUUAUCUUGAAAGUAUAACAAGAGGCUGCACACUAAAACACUACAAUUGCAACAAAGAAUGCAACCCAGCGAAGAAGGACAACUGUUUCCUCUGUUGUGAAGACAGUAUCUGUAACACUGUACCAUUCUCAAUGGGUUUGCUGCCAUUUAGUAUGUACUACAACACAACAAGCAUGGCGGCACCAACGACAGACGUAUUCCGGGGCCUUUUAGCAGUAGAAGUUAUGUUAGCAUCCUGGAUAGUUUGGUACUGAGAACGUAAAUAUGAUCGAUAAAUAGGCAGCAUUCGAUAAAUUUGGUGUGAAUUGGAUCCCAACGAUUCUAUUCCAGAUAGGACAUUACCAUUAUAAAGCAUUUAAGAUAAAGCGCUGAUUGCAAAUAUGUUCUUAGACAACCGGUGUCAGCUCUUUAAUGGUUCAAAGUAUUAAUUUCCAGGGAAUUGUCUGAUCAAGUAUGAAAGAAAACGAUUUUAACAGGAAAAUAAUUCCCCCCCUUUUUUUUUUGAACAUUACAAUUUGACGUCAAGUGAACAAGCUAACAUAUACAUUGCAUAUUGGCUAACAAAGGGUGACGAUCAACCUGGCGAACAGUAAGUCAAUACAUGUAAACGCUAAAUUAGCUGUAUUGUUCUAUGUCCUGUAUUGCGAAUUGUCAUUCCUAAAAAAAGGGAUAAUUAAUAGUAUAAUGUAGCUGUGUCACUGUUAGCUUGAUAGGUAGUCACCAGUGAUCUUUGAAGGUAAAAUUAUGAAAAGGCAUUCGAGUCUGAAAAAUGACACACAAAACCUAUGAAAUAAAAUGGUUUCAUAAGAACAAAGGAAAUUGAAGAGUCAAUGAAACAAAUAUUAAUUUGCAUGUUUAGGAUAUUAUAAAUAUCAAUGAAAUCUGGUCGUGCACCGUAUCAAGGUUCGUUGUGCUACAGAAAAUCUGGUUAAAAGUGCAUAAACCAUUCUUCGAAAAGGUGUUGACAUAAAUAUGAACAAAUAUCGUCUUUUGGUAGUCGUGUUAUCACAGGAAGAGAAUGCAGGUUGGCGUUGAUAGGAACUAUUGUUUUUACAUAUUAUAUUCUUUUACCAAUUUUACUAGUAUUCAUGGUUAAUUAAGUGUUUGUGAAUUAAGUUUAAGACUAUAUAAACAUGCAAAAUGUUGUUGGAAUAAAAUUGAUCCCUUUUAACAUAACACCAUCCUCCAUUACAUCGAAAAUGUAUUAUCCUAAACAUACGACAAACAUCCUAAAUGCAGUAUGCAUUGUACUACAGAGUGUACUGUAGGACAUCUAUUUAAGUCCUUAGUUAUCACUUGUUAUAAUGAACAUCCUCCCAUUGUGGCCCAUCACCAUUACGUACUAUUCAGAUACAUUUUUUCUCAUUCUCGUGAAUAUUCAUCUGUUUAAUACCAUACGUUUGUGGAGUGUAUCGCAUUUGUAUCUUACAAAGAUAAUAUCGGAUGGCCAUGUACACGUGAAAAACUUCAAACCACAUUCAAUAGCGUGUUCAAAUGGAGAGAAUGAAAUUAAAAGGAUGGUGGUUUUGAAAUAUUUUAAAGGCGAAAGCAAAUGUAUUCGAAAAUGGCGACUGGUUUAAUUUAAGUAUCCCUCAAUCGGUUUGGUACACGUAUAUUGCAUUUUGUAUAUCAGUUGAAAUAUCUAAAAAUGUUAGAAAAAAAUUAUAGUUCAAAUUGUUAUAACUUCCAAGUAUUGUUAGUUGUCAUUACAUAUUGUGUACAUGUUCAUAUCACAAUUUAAAAACAAAUCAAAAUUCUUCAUUUCUUUUAUAUAAUGUUAGAGAAAAAACAUUAUCACUUCUGUAUACCUUAUAAACUAGUAUGUGUUUUGAAUGUCUAGAAUCUACUGUUAUAGUGUAACAUGUACGAUAGGUGACUACUAAUUAAGUAGUUUAUAGCUGUUAAUUGCUGUGUUCUGGUAGGUAUUAUACCGUUUAUUUAUGUGUUAUCCUAGAACGAACAUCACUGAUAAUAUUAACUGUAUAUUUUAUACUCAUAGACAUCCAAUCACUUUCAUUUUUAUGAUCGGUAUAUACUUGUGUAUAUAUAGAACAGCGGUUGGUCAUAUUAAAAUCACAGAUAAUUCCUCUCAAAUUAGAAUCAUAUCACUAACUUCUUAAUUUUGAUUCGAUAUUGGACGUUGUGUCAGUGACAUAAGGGGAAAGGUAAUAUUGACUUUGAAUAUUAAAAAAAUUGCAGAUAUCUUGAUAUAUAAUCAGUAUUUAACUUUUACCAACUGUAGACCAUGAGUGAAAACAUAACAAUAUUUCGUAAAUUGUUUUAUUGUCGUAAUAUCUUGAUUAUUGUUCCUGUAUGGAAUUAAAUUAACUGUAUACAUGUAUCUUAACUGUCAGUUCAUUAUUAGAAUUUAUUUUCAUAUUACAUGACAACUUCGACAUCCGGCAUUCAUUUAUAAAUGAAAGCAAAUGAACACAUUUUCUGUAUGCUUGUCGUUUACAGAACUUCGCUGUAUACGUAGCUUAUGUUCCCAGCUGGUUACAUCUAGAGGUCUGCAUCUACUUGAUUGAUCUGAUUUGGAAAUUAAUUAUAUACUAUAUGCUCCAAUGAUAACCAGGAACUCAGUAUUAAUGAGCGUGUCCCAUACUACAUGUAACGCCCACCACAGUGAGUCGUGAAGUAUCGAUCCAUGACACGAGUAACCUUAGCAAUAUACGACAGCGUGAAGUUUAAAACUAAUGAAAUAAAUAAACAUCGAAAUGAUGUACUGAAAAGUUACCUAGCAAGUUUUGACCAAUUCCCCGCGUACACAGAAGUCUUUCUGAUAGACGCUUAAGAAUACGUUGUUGAUUUUGGUUCUGAUAUAUAGAGUAAUAUUAAAAGUAUGUAUGCUUAAAAUUUAUAGCUUGUAAAUCCAUACGGAUAUAUAAGUAUCAAAGAGCGGAGGAAUUCAUGUUGCCAUUGUUAUAUAAACUUCCAUCACAUUUUAAUAUUUUCUCCAUCAUUAUUACUUAGGUAUCACGUUAAUUAGCUUAUUUUACAAUUUACUAUUACCUAUGUUGAAUAUUAACAUACUUUGUUAUUUUUCAUUCUUUAAUCCUUAAUAAAUGUUGUUCAUUUAUGUAUACCGAUUGCCUAGACUGCCAAUGUACAUUUCUGUUGUGUGUAGAAUAAAACAGAAGUAACUUCGUAA